UGAAUUAAAGCUUUAACCGGUUCUAUCAGGACGUUUGAGUCCUGAGAUCUGACUGCAGGAGUUUGUUCUCAUCUCACCUGUUUCCUAGCAGCAAAUCCUGCAGAGAUCAUUUGACAUCAUCAUCACCUUCAUCAUCGUCAUCAUCACUGUCUUCUUCAUCAUCAUCAUCAUCAUCAUCAUCACCUUGAUCAUUGUCAUCAUCACUGUCUUCAUCAUCAUCACCACCUUCAUCAUCACCUCCAUCACUUUCAUAAUCAUCAUCGUCAUCAUCGUCGUCAUCAUCACCUUCAUCCUCCUCCUCUUAGUGUCCUCGGAGCCUCAGAGCUCGCCUUCCUGACAGAGCCCAAUGAUGUCAUAGCGGUGCGGGACCGCCCCCUGAUGCUGGACUGCCAGGUGGAGGGGGAGGGACCUAUCUCUAUCACCUGGAGACGGAACGGCAUCCCCGUGGCGACGGGUGACAGGGCAAUGGUGCUCGGCAACGGCACGCUGCUCAUCAGAAACUUCUCCAAGAGACGAGAGAGCAACGAGACAGACGCUGGCGAGUACGACUGCGCUGCCCAGAACCGCUACGGCAUGUUGAUCAGCCGCAAGGCACGCGUGCAGCUGGCAUCCCUCCCUAAGUUCCUGUCUCACCCUGAGUCUGUGGCGGUGGACGAAGGGGGCGUGGCCAGACUCACCUGUCAGGUAAAUGGGAUUCCAGAGGCCAAAAUCGCGUGGCAGAGAGACCGCCGCCCACUGAGCACCGCAGAUCCCAGGUACACGCUGUUGCCGAACGGAGUCCUGCAGAUCACUGGAGUCCGUCGCACUGACAGCGGUUUGUUUCGCUGCGUUGCUUCAAAUAUCGCCAACACUCGCUACAGCCACGAGGCCCAGCUGUCCGUCACAGUUGCAGGUUCCAGGAUCUACCAGGAACCCGUCAUCCUGUCGGGGCCCCAGAACCUGACCAUCAACGUCCACCAGACUGCCAUCUUGGAGUGCAUCGCCACGGGCAACCCCCGGCCCAUCGUGUCCUGGAGUCGCCUCGAUGGACGUUCCAUUGGCGUGGAGGGGAUCCAGGUUCUGGGAACGGGGAACCUGAUGAUCUCAGACGCCACUCUGCAGCACUCAGGUGUUUACGUGUGUUCAGCCAAUCGGCCGGGCAGCAGAUCCAGGAGGACAGCGCUCGGACGCCUCGUGGUCCAAGCUCCUCCAGAGUUCGUCCAGUGGCCGCAGUCCGUCUCCAGACCAGCAGGGGGCAGCGCCGUCUUCAGCUGCACGGCGUCUGGAGCCCCCGAACCGCAUCUCAUCUGGCUGAAGAACGGCAAGCUGCUGACGCCGACAGGAAACGUCAAGCUGACCAACGGCAACACGACGCUGGCCAUCACCCGCAUCACUGCCGAGGACGAGGCCAUCUACCAGUGCAUUGCCGAGAACAGCGCUGGGACCAACCAAGCCAGCGCCCGCCUCGCCAUCAGCCAGGGGGCGGAGCUUCCCGAGGCCCCCGCCGGGCUCCAGGCCACCGUCCUCAGCACCACCAGCCUGCAGCUCACCUGGGAGCAGCCGAGCGAACACGCCAGCCAGCACAUCAUCGGAUACGUCCUGCACAUCAGGAGGCUGGGAGAGCCGGACAACGCUGAGCUGCAGGAGGCCGUCAGUAAAACCACCUUCAGACACGAGUUCAACAACCUGGAAGCUGCCACCACCUACUCCAUCUACCUGAAGGCCUACUCUGCUCUGGGAGGCAGCCAGCAGUCCAACAGCAUCACGGCCACCACGCUGGGGGGCGUUCCCAGUCCUCCCAGUUUCUUCACCAAGGUCCUGAACCAGACAGCCAUGCAGGUGUACUGGGAGCUGCCCAGUAAGGCGGGCAAACUGGAGGGCUUCAGACUGGAGUACCGAGGGGUCUCCAACCCCGACAUCCAGGGACAGGACAUCUUCCCAGGACACAUCAACACACACACCAUCUCACACCUGGAACCGGCGGCUGUUUAUGAGAUCCAGCUGGUGGCAUUCAACGGGAAUGGAGACAGUCCAUCCACCCGCCGCCUGGUGUCUCUGGCAGAGGGAGGAAACCCUGGAGCAGCUGGUCAGAGCUGUAACUGCGCCCAGUCUGAUGGAUCCAUGUCGACUCUGCUGGUCGGGAUCCACAGCGGCAUCGCCUGCAUCCUCUGCUGCCUGCUGCUGCUGCUGCUGGGAUACCGACGCAGUCUUUUCUGCAGGAAAGCAGCGAGCUGGGAGACUCCGCCCACCCUGAACGGUGUCAGAGGUCCUAAACCUGAGGGCAUCGAGCUUAGCCAGAGGGCUGACUCCGCCCCUCCUCCAGUGAUGCUCAUGGUAGAACCGACUCCACCUGUCCAGAUCGGCUCAGGCACAGGAUAAACUCCGCCUCCUCCCCACCUGACCCCCACCCCACCCCACCCCCCUCCAGCCGGCAUUGCCUCCUGUCAUCCUGACAGCCUUUAGAUGAUGAUGAUGAUGAUGAUGAUGUUUGUCUGAGGAGCGUCCAGUGAGCAUCGGAUCCCACAGAGAACCAAAACCUUCCAACACCAAACUAACCAGAACCAGCUCAGAUGUCCGCCUACUUCAACACCAAUUCAUGAUGAUGUCAGACUGAAACCAAAGCUACUGAUCCAACAUUUUAAACUGAACUGGCUGCGGUUGGUCACAUGACCGUGGCAGUUGGUCUCAUAACUUGCUCCCUGUGGGAUCAGAUGCUGACGUUGUUGCGUCCUGGUUGCCUCCUGUUGAAACCAAAAUAUUUUUUCUUCAUUUUGGGCUAAUUUUUGAUUUAGUCACCAAUGGUGCCGAGUUUACGCAGACGAUGAGGCCUUUAGCCGGUCUGACCAGAGUCGGGUCUUCAGAGGAUACACCUGGACAGGUGGUUCACCUGAGCGUCGGUCCUCUGAGGCCCAAAGCCAAAGGGAAAGAUUAUUUCUCUGGUCAGCCGGUGACUGUGGAGGGUGUUACCACUCCUCCGCUCUGCUUUAGCCUUUCAGUGUUUGUCCGUCUCACCGAGUUCGCCUCAGAUCAGGAAGGAAGUUCAGGAGGUUGACUGUCGGCUGGAUGUCCCCCCUCCACCCCCAAUUCCCCUCCCCCUGACUCCUCCCCCAAACUCUUACCUCCAAAGAGAGCUACCUCUGGCUCGACGCCAAACACCCGAGUUACAGGCGGAUGUUAGCCUCCUGUCCUGCUGCUGGUCAAGCUAACCUACCUCAAAACCAAAAGCUCCUUGCGGAGCCAGUUGCCAUGUUUCUACCAGUUUGUCCCUUUACUGAAGUCCGACCGUCACCUGGAAACCUCUGAACGUCCUCCAGCGAUGGAUCUGUCCAUAGAGAAGCUAAUGAAGACAAAGUAUCCCACCUAACAUUAAGCUUUUAACUGACUUCUCCUGACUUUCUCCAGAGCUGCUUCAGGUCCCCAAAAGCUUAAAAAUCUGAUAAAUAUCAAAACUAAAGGUCCAACAACCUUCUGCAGGUGGACCAAAGACCUUCAACAGUCAGAAAACCUCCAUCAGAUCUUCUUCUCUGCAGCAGAAAACCAAUAGUCAAUUUUUUGGUCUCAUAUUUUAGCUUUUAAUGUCCGGAAACUUUCAAAGUCCCUAUAACCUCCACGUUAUGACCCACACAGUCUGAAGAAUCUCAUCUCCAGAGUCAGUGUUCUUGGUCUACAGAUUGACCUUCUACACUCCAGAAAUUUGUCCCAGGACCUUCACAAUAUCCCAUUUUAAUUGUCACAGUUUAAGGUCCACCAGCCACUGCCUGCAAUAAUAAUAAUAAUACCUUUAAUUUAUAAUGCACUUUACUUAUAAAAUCUCAGUGCUACAAUACAUUUAAAAGAAACAUUUUAGAAACAGUAGUAAUAUGUUAAAGCUUAAAUAAGAAUGUCUUUAGCCCUUUCUUGCCUGCAGAUCUGAGCUUUUACCUUCUAAGAACUCUUCAGUAAAUCAUCUCUUCUUUCUUCAGUAAAUCUGUCGGCCUGGUAUUCUGUUCCUUCAGGUCUUUAGACACCUGAUCAGCUUCAGGUGUGAAACUGUGGCUCCUGUUAGCACCUACAGAAGAUAACCAGCCACAGUCUGUUUAGGUCCUGAAGCCCACUGGAGAACUGAACAUUCACCUGCAGAGGAGUUAAAGGUGUCUGAUGUGUUGAAGGAUGUUCGUCAUGGAGACACCUCCUCCGCUGCAGACGUUUCACCUCCACCUGAGGAGUCCAGUCAUCAAACACUCGACACCUGAGAGACAAACAGGUGAAACAGGAAAGUUUGGACACUGAUGUCUCAGUUGGGACGUUCUGGCCCUUUUCUGAGUGUGUGUAAAAGUUUUGAUGUUUUAUUUUGGCGAAGGCGGCCACUUCCUGUGGUCCUGUCAGCCAUGUUCGAACUGACCUCUCAUGUCUUAUAUAUAUGAAAUGAUUCCAGUAGUGAAGAGCACACAUAGUCUGUAGAGUUUCAGCCAAAUAUCCUUUAAAAAACAAGCUGAACGUUGCCCAAAGAAAGAAUGACAGUUUCCUCCAUUUGUUUUCACUCUGCGUCGAAGAACAAACCAACCAAAAGAUUUACUCGCGCCACAGUUUAUAUUUCAGAUUAAAACUUUGGAAAAUGGAGAAGUGAAAAUAUAUUUUCAUAGAUAAUAAACACAAGGAUGAGUUUAACCAAAUAAUGACAGAAACUCGUUUUACCAAAAGCUCAGCAGUGAUUCUCUAAUAUGAUGUUUGUAUUUAGAGUGGUUGAAUGUCUUUACAGUCUGCCGAGCGACUCACCAACCUGCCGACCCCGAGGACCUGUAAAACUCCGCAAAUGUGAUUUAAACAUUUAUUUUUCUGAUUUAGUCUCAUCAAGUCUGUUGGGUCUCAAGUCCUACCAUUAACUAGAUUCAUGAAGUCUGAAUUUAUUCAUCCAAACUUUAACAUAAAUCUGAUUAGAAAAACAAACUCAGCUUCAAAGUUCAAACUCUGUUCAUGGAUGAGUUUAACUCGGCUUGACUCGUUCAUUAUUCUGCAGCAGUGUGACUCGAUAUAACUAGUCCUACUGAGCAAGACUCAUAAACUCAUGUUUAAUUUUAUCAGUUACCUCAUUUUCUUAGAUUCAUGAGCCAUGUUGACUUUCAAAUUAGUUUCAGAUCCAUGACCAAGUCACGUUGAGUCGUACCAACUCAUGUCACACUGAAUAUAGUUAGAUAUAGUUAGGUUUAUGCUGAAACAUACACAAUGAGUCUCGUGCAGUUAUGUCAAGUCACGUCAGUGAGACUCAGGUCAAGUUACAUUGAAACAUCAAAUCACAUUUAGUCUCAUCAAGUCUGAUUUGAAACCAUAUUGAGUCUCAAGUCACAUAGUCUGACAGAGUCUGAUCAGAUCACAUCGAGUCUUUCAAGCCGCCUCAUCCUUUCUGUUGUCCUAAGGGUCCAAGGUUGAAGGUCCGAGUCGGUCGGAGCGACUCGCUGCCUUUGUCUCGGUUCAGCACCAUGUCGAGAACAAACUGAAGCGUUUAUUGACGUGUUGAUGAUAAAUUUGGCUGUUCUUUUUCUAGAACUUUCUUCUUUCAGUUCAGUGUUAUUUUUCCAUCACUGCCGUCGGUGGUGAAAAGGAAACUGCCAAAAUGAAGACCUCUUAAAUUUUUAUUAUUAUUGCUAAUAAUAUUAUAAUUAUUCCCAAUUGAUCCCAUUUUUUCCCUCCCUGUUUUAUAUUGUUUGAUUUUUUCCUGAUUCUUUCUGUUUGUAGUUGAAUGAUGUGAAAAUGUUUCUAGAAUUUGAUAAAAGUUGUUUUCAGCUGAAGGUUGAUCCUCUGAUUAAACUCGUUGUCAGGUUUAAUUUCGACUUUUUAGCCAUAUUCAACAAUAAGCCAUAUUUAAUAUUAAGCAAUAUUUAACAAUAAGCAAUAUUUAAUAAUAAGCCGUAUUCAACAAUAAACUGUUUAAUAAGCCAUUUUUUUAUAAUAAGCCAUAUUCAACAAUAAGCCAUAUUCAACAAUAAGCCAUAUUCAACAAUGAGUCAUAUUCAACAGUAAGCCAUAUUCAACAAUAAUCCAUACUCAGCAAUAAGCCAUAUUCAACAAUAAGCCAUAUUCAACAAUAAGUCAUAUUCAACAAUAAGCCAUAUUCAAUAAUGUCAUAUUCAAUAAUAAUCCAUAUUCAACAAUAAGCCAUAUUCAACAAUGAGUCAUAUUCAACAAUAAGUCAUAUUCAAUAAUAAUCCAUAUUCAACAAUAAUCCAUAUUCAAUAAAUCAUAUUCAGUAAUAAUCCAUAUUCAACAAUAAGCCAUAUUCAAUAAUAAGUCAUAUUCAAUAAUAAUCCAUAUUCAACAAUAAGCCAUAUUCAAUAAUGUCAUAUUCAAUAAUAAUCCAUAUUCAACAAUAAGCCAUAUUCAACGAGUCAUAUUCAGCAAUAAGCCAUAUUUAACAGUAAGCCAUAUAUGUGAUUUGAAAGCCAUACUGUUGUUUUCUCUAAAAACUGAUUAUUUUAGUGUUAGUUUAAACUCAGACUACCUCCUGCUGUCGACACGCGUUAGAAACUAAAAUGUAGAGAUGUUAGAGACUGAAGGCUAGAACCAAUGAGAAAAGUGAUGCUUUAAUGUUACCGAUUUCUUUUCUCUUAAAACAUGUUACUUUUAAUAAUAAUGUGUCAUGAAGAUAAAAGCACCCAAAGCUUUAAACUCUUUUUAAACAGAACAGAUGGAAGACAGAAGAGAAACGUUGAAGGUUUGAUCUAAAACCAGAUUUACUCCUGAACUAUUAAACAAAAUUUGUAUUAAGUUUGUUUGGAACUAUCCUGAAUGUGUCGUCUGUUUUUCAGGUUUGACUCUCUGUGUUUUAAAGAUGAUCUUUUGAAAUUAUGUUUCUAUUGCCAUCUGAAAGAAAAUAGUUCUGUCUGUUCUAAUUUCUGCUAUUUAGACACAUAAAAACCAAA